AACACAUAGUAAAGAAGCAGUCAAUUACGUUUUAUAACGUGGUGAUUAGUUGGAACAUCCAGGGAACGAAAAACGAGAAUAAAGUAUGUCAUUUUCCACACAAACUCCAACCAUUGUGGUUUUAAAAGAAGGAACUGAUUCCUCCCAGGGAAAAGGUCAAAUUAUUAAUAACAUCAAUGCGUGUGUUGCUAUUCAAGAAACCUUGAAGCCUACCUUGGGUCCCUUUGGGUCUGAUAUCUUGAUAGUUUCGUCCAAUUCCAAGACCACCAUUUCAAAUGAUGGAGCUACUAUUUUGAAAUUAUUGGAUAUUGUUCAUCCAGCAGCAAAAAUGUUGGUUGACAUUUCAAGAGCACAAGAUGCCGAAGUUGGUGAUGGUACCACUUCUGUUACUAUUUUAGCAGGGGAGUUCUUAAAAGAAAGUAAGAGUUUUAUUGAAGAUGGGAUUUCAUCACAUUUAAUCACCAAAGGAUUAAGAAAAGCAUCUGAAUUAGCAGUUAAAAGAAUUGACGAAUUAGCAAUUGAAAUUAAAAAGGGCGAUAACGCCGAGUUCCGUCAAUUAUUAGAAAAAUGUGCCAAAACUGCCAUGUCUUCUAAAUUGAUUAGUAAAAAUAGUGAUUUUUUCACCAAAAUGGUUGUUGAUGCCGUUUUAAGUUUAGAUUCAGAAGAGUUGGAUGAAAAAUUGAUUGGGGUUAAAAAAGUUCCAGGUGGUAGUAUGGAAGAUUCAUUAUUUAUUGAUGGGGUUGCUUUCAAAAAAACUUUUAGUUAUGCUGGGUUUGAACAACAGCCAAAAAAAUUCACUAAUGCUAAGAUUUUAAACUUAAAUGUUGAAUUAGAAUUAAAAGCAGAAAAGGAUAAUGCUGAAGUCAGAGUUGAACAAGUUCAAGAUUAUCAAGAUAUUGUUGAUGCUGAAUGGCAAAUCAUUUUCAAUAAAUUAGAAAGUAUUGAGAAAACCGGUGCUAAUAUUGUUUUAUCUAAAUUACCAAUUGGUGAUUUGGCUACCCAAUAUUUUGCUGAUCGUAAUAUUUUCUGUGCUGGUAGAGUAACUAAUGAAGAUAUGGAUCGUGUCAUAAAAGCUGUUGGUGGUUCUAUUCAAUCAACUACUACUAAUAUAACAUCUGAAGAUUUAGGUGAAUGUGAAAUUUUUGAAGAAGUCCAAAUUGGUUCUGAAAGAUAUAAUAUAUUUAAAGGUUGUCCACAAACUAAAACUUGUACAUUGAUUUUAAGAGGUGGUGCUGAACAAGUAAUUGCUGAAGUUGAAAGAUCUUUACAUGAUGCAAUCAUGAUUGUUAAAAGAGCUGUUAAACAUAAUAAGAUUGUUGCUGGUGGUGGUGCUAUCGAAAUGGAACUCUCUAAGUAUUUAAGAGAUUAUGCUAAAACUAUCGCUGGUAAACAACAAUUAAUCAUUGCUGCUUUCGCUAAAGCUUUGGAAAUCAUUCCAAGACAAUUAUGUGAAAAUGCUGGUUUCGAUGGUGUCGAAUUAUUAAACAUUUUAAGAAGUACUCAUGCUAAAGGUGAAACUUGGUACGGUAUUGAUUUCCAAAAAGAAUCCGUUGGUAAUAAUAUGAAAAAUUUCAUUUGGGAACCUGCUUUAGUUAAAACAAACGCCAUUCAAAGUGCCACUGAAGCUGCUACCUUAUUAUUAUCUGUUGAUGAAACAAUCAAAAAUGAAGAUGAUCAACAACAAGGUGGUGGUAGAGGUAGAGGUGCUUAUUAAGAUCAAAGUUGUGGGAAACUAGGGCAGUGCCCUCACUUAUGUACUCUUAGUCUAUUUCUUUUUAUCUUCUUUAAAUGGCCAUUUCUUGUAUAUUGAUAACAUACCCUUUCAACCCCCUUUUUUUUUCAUUUUACCAUAUAUAUUAACAUAC